GGAUUAGUCGGUGGUCUACGUCACACAGACUGUCCCUGCUUAUCACCUGGAACAUGUAACAGUGUGUGAAGUUCACAGAGGGCUCCUCUCCACGUGUUUUCAGCUGUCUCCACCGUGUUCAGUGUGUCACAGCCGCAGACAUGACUCUGUCUCUGGGAUGGCUCUCGGCUCUGGUCGCGGGCUUUUUCUCUGCUCACGUUGUGCAGAAACUCUGCUUCCCAUACUUUUGGAGAGACCUCCUCUUUCUGUUGAAGGUAAUCAGGUACGGCGUGAAGCUGGAGCUGUUCAAACUGACAUCCAGCGUCUGUACGGUCCUGGAAAGGUUCAUCCAGCAAGCGCAACGCAUCCCCAACAAGCCGUUUGUCAUCCACGAUGGAAGCAUCCACACCUACCGGGAUAUCGAGCAACGAAGCAACAGACUCGCCAAUGUUUUCCUUGAGAGUGUCAAUUUGAGGAAAGGAGACUGUGUUGCUUUGCUCAUGAACAACGAGCCCGACUUCCUGUGCGUUUGGUUCGGGUUGGCGAAGGUCGGCUGUUCGGUUGCUUUCCUCAACACUAACAUCAAGUCCAAGUCUCUCCUACACUGCUUUAACUGCUGUGGAGCCAAAACUGUAAUAGUUGGUUCAGAUUUAGUGGAAUGUCUGGAUGGCAUCCUAACCAGCCUGCUGGAGGACGACAUUCAGGUGUGGGCCAUGAAGAGCCAGAGUGAGCACACACAGGUGAACACUCUGUUGGAUAAAAUCGAUGCUGCCUCUGAACAGCCCGUACCAGCAGUGUUACGUGCCACCACCUCCCUCAAAUCCCCCACCCUGUACAUCUUCACCUCUGGAACAACUGGGCUCCCAAAGGCUGCAGUGAUCACUCACCUCCAAAGUUUGAAGGCAGCAGCAGGUUUUUGGGCAUUUGGAGCGACUGAAGAUGAUGUGGUGUAUAUUCCUCUGCCACUCUAUCAUAGUGCAGCUUCCUUGAUCGGUAUAGGAGGGACCAUAGAGCUGGGUGCAUCCUGUGUCUUGAAAAAGAAGUUCUCAGCUUCCCAGUUCUGGAUUGACUGUACAAAACAUGAUGUGACUAUUUUCCAGUAUAUUGGUGAACUCUGCAGAUACCUCUGCAACCAGCCUAAGACAGAGGUAGAUAAAGGUCACAAGGUGUGGAUGGGAGUCGGGAACGGAUUGCGGCAGGAUGUCUGGCGGGAGUUCCAGAGUCGCUUUGGAAACAUUAAAAUGUGCGAGGUGUACGGCUCCACUGAGGGAAACCUGUGUUUCAUGAAUCACAUCGGCAAGAUUGGAACUGUGGGCCGGUCCAACUUCUUCUACAGGCUCCUGUUCAAGUAUGAUCUGGUAAAGUAUGACAUGGAGAAAGACGAACCAGUGAAAGAUCAGUAUGGCUUCUGUCAACGAGUGGAAAGGGGUGAGACAGGGCUUUUACUGUCCAAGGUGAGCUCCAUUAGCCCCUUCUUUGGCUAUGCUGGAAGCAAGCAGCUGACUGAGAAAAAGCUGAUGAGAAAUGUGUUUAUGAAGGGAGAUGCCUACUUUAACACAGGCGACCUAAUGGCUGAAGACCAAGAGGGCUUCAUCUGUUUCAGAGACAGAAUGGGAGACACCUUCAGGUGGAAGGGUGAAAAUGUAGCAACGACAGAGGUAACAGAGACUCUUGGGCUGGUGGAUUUUAUCCAAGAGGUUAAUGUUUAUGGAGUGGAAGUACCAGGGCAUGAGGGCAGAGCAGGAAUGGCUGCCAUGAUUGUAAGACCAGGUCUUACGUUUAAUGGGAAGAAACUGUUUGAGCAUGUGACGAGGGAUCUACCGGCAUACGCUCAUCCACUGUUCAUAAGGCUCCAGGUAAUGAACAGAGGAGAUCAUGGAAAUGACAAGCACCUUCAAGCAGCAGAAAUUUCAGCUGGUGCAAAGUGGCUUCAACCCUUCAACAAUCUCUGACCCUCUCUAUGUGUUGGACUACCAGCAGAAGAAAUACAUUCCUCUAACAGACAGUAUCUACCAGAGCAUCCUUGCUGGAGAACGCAAGCUAUAGAACUCACAAGUUUGGGUAUGAUGACAUAGCUUGAAACAGUGCACCAAGAGGGAUAUAAAUGUGCUCUGCUUAUUGCAGUAAUUUAUAUUUAAUGGAAGUCCAUGAGCUUACAAUCAGGUUGAAUGAUUUACUGGGGUCUGACUGAAAAUACAUCGUCAAGUUAGUGAAUAAGAGGAUCAUGAUUAGUUGACCAUAUACAUAUGAACAGUAAUGUCUCUUUGAGUUAUUUUUGUUAAAACAAACAUCAGAUAAAUAUUGUGUAUAUAAUAUGUAUGUUUUAAGGGUUUUUUUCAACCAUUUUAAGGUUUAAAAACCCCUAAAACACUGUGGAUUGGGGUGUGAAUGGAUUAAAUAUGAAAAAGUUUGGUAAGGGGUAAAAAGCCCUGAAAAUGACCAAAUAUCAUGAAAGCCAUCCAUGAAUGUACAUUUUAUUUGAAACAUUAAAACCCUUUAAGGUAUAAAUUAAGACAUGGUUUUAAUGUUAUUUGGUCAGUUUUGAUGAUUUUUUUUUACCACUUUAAAUGCUCUUAAACUCUGUAGGUAAUUGAUUAAAAUACCUUAACAUAUUACAAUACAUCAAAUUGUCCAUUAAUUGUUCCCUUAAAAUCCCAUUAGUGGGAUAAGUGCCUUAAUUACAUCUGCACUAAUGGAUAAAUUGAUGGAAUUUUACGGUACAAAAUUAAGGGAUUCAAUGUCAACUCACAUACAGCAUAAAUGGUUCAGAGAUGUGUUUUUGCAAUUUUGCUCACGUGUCAAAUUGCUUCAAAUUUCUUUAUUUUUUCAACAAGAUCAACAAAUUUAUCCACAGAUAUUUCCUUUUCACUGAUUUUACUCGUCAGAUUUUAAUAAAUCAUUUAGCAAAUUGUCACAUUAUGCUGACCAAGCAUAGAACUCAUAUGUUUGUCAAUUCGUAUGAUUUAUGUAUGAAACAAAGAUAAACAUGCAUUGUCUUAACUGUGAGAUAUUUGGAGUAUGAAAGCCCAAAAGUGCCCAGAUAUUUAGCCAUAUCAUAUGUUUUUGCCAUUUAUGUUUUUUUAAUGCUGUGAAAGUUCUGAUUCCAUGAUUUAUUUACUUUUAUUUUUAUUUUUUUUAUUUACUUAAGAUUUUUAGGGCCUUAUUUUCCCAUCUUUUUGGGUCUAAAUGAGUAACAGGGACAAAAAUGUUUAGAAUCGGUCCAGGGUAAUCGGUAUUGAGCGAGUACGCUAUAAGCACCAACCCGGAAACAGCUGCAAUAUAAUUAAACUGGAAAAUUUGUUGUCACUGCCUCGAUCAGUUAGUUUGUGUUAUGGUAUAACUUUCAGUGGUGGAAGAAGUAUUCAGAUCCUUUACUUAAGUAGAAGUACCAAUACAGCAAUGUUAAAAUACUCACAAGUAUCAAGUACCGGGUCAACUAAAUAACUUCAGCUAUUAACAUUACCUUCUGUAGCAGGUCUUUCCACUCUUGGAACAGCAUUUUUCUUCAGGAAAGAGUGCUUGGGUAGCAGUAGUAAUCCUGCUCAAAAUGGUAAUGGCAGCAGUAGACCAGCAACUCCUGUGUUCUGCAAGAUAAAUUUAAUAUUUUUGUCAAUGGAGUCUGGUGGCUUUGAACAGAGCAAUAUAACGGCUGUUUCUGGUUAAACAAAAAGGAUCCCACUCUUUGACAAUAAGGUCUAUCUCUGUAGGGAUGUUGUUAGACACUUAUAUUAACAAUCUGAGCCUGUCCGCGGUUAAAACAUGCACUUUUAGUGGGUGUACUUUGAUGCGGACAAAUGCCCAGUUGGAUUACAUUGCAGCCAUUUCGUGGUUGCCAGAUAGAUAUUGAACCGAUUCCAAACAUUUUUUCCCCUAUUAAACAUUUACAACCACAAAGAUGGGAAAAUAGGGCACAGGUUAAAAAUACCGGAAAUAUCCU